CGGCGGAGGUGGCGCGGGGACCAAGCCUCUGCUGGUAGCUGCCACCACGUCGCUGUCUUCCCUCUGUGCCUGGAUCUCUGUGUCUUCAGGUGGCCUUCUCAUAAGGACAACAGUCACUGGCUGCAGGGCCCACCCGACUCCGGUUGAAGUUCAUGAGUUCGCCCAGCCUCAGUGACCUGGGCAAGAGAGAGCCGGCCGCCGCCGCCGCGGACGAGCGGGGCACGCAGCAGCGCCGGGCCUGCGCCAACGCCACCUGGAACAGCAUCCACAACGGGGUGAUUGCCGUCUUCCAGCGCAAGGGGCUGCCCGACCAGGAGCUUUUCAGCCUCAACGAGGGCGUCCGGCAGCUGCUGAAGACGGAGCUGGGGUCCUUCUUCACGGAGUACCUACAGAACCAGCUGUUGACAAAAGGCAUGGUGAUCCUGCGAGACAAGAUCCGCUUCUACGAAGGACAGAAGCUGCUGGACUCGCUGGCAGAGACCUGGGAUUUCUUCUUCAGCGACGUGCUGCCCACGCUGCAGGCCGUCUUCUACCCGGUGCAGGGCAAGGAGCCGUCGGUGCGCCAGCUGGCUCUGCUGCACUUCCGGAACAUCAUCACCCUCAGUGUGAAGCUGGAGGACGCGCUGGCCCGGGCCCGCGCCCGCGUGCCCCCCGCCGUCGUGCAGAUGCUGUUGGUGCUGCAGGGGGUGCACGAGUCCCGGGGAGUGACCAAGGACUACCUGCGCCUGGAGACGCUGAUCCAGAAGGUGGUGUCGCCCUACCUGGGCACCUACGGCCUCUACUCCAGCGAGGGUGCCUUCACACACUCCUGCAUCCUGGAGAAGCACUUCCUGCGCCGCUCCCGAUCGGGGGACAUCCUGGCCAAGAACCCGGUGGUGCGGUCCAAGAGCUACAACACGCCACUGCUGAACCCCGUGGCGGAGCACGAGGCUGAGGGUGCGGUGGCCGGCGGCACGGGCAUCCGCAGGCACUCGGUCUCCGAGAUGACGUCCUGCCCCGAGCCCCAGGGCUUUGCUGACACACCCGGCCAGGACCCUGCUGGGACCUUCAGACCCUCCCCAGCGCCCCCAUCGGGGCCUUGCCCCAGCAGACUGUACCCUCCAGCGCAGCCCCCUGAGCCUGGCCCAGGCCCGGCCCGCAGCUCACCAGCCUCCUCCAGCCCCGAGAACCUGGUGGACCAGAUCCUGGAGUCGGUCGACUCGGAUUCGGAAGGGAUCUUCAUUGACUUUGGGCGGGGCGGUGGCUGUGGGACGUCUGAGUCUGAGGGGGCAGGGGGCCGGCAGAGUGUCGUGUGACCCAGGCCUUGUGUUUUUACUGACCCCGCGUGUACGCCUGUGCGGUGCGUGAAUGCGAGAGUUUUCUACUCUGUCCCGUCCAGUCCCCCGUCGGCCUCAGCCACUUUGGCAUUCCUGAGUCUUUGUCGAAAAGACCGUCGCCGCCCGAGACCCCGGCACCUUUGUUCUGGGGCGUCAGGGGCUCAGCAGGUGCAGGGCAGCCUCCUGUGCGUGGAGCAGACCUGGCCGCUCCCUGCACCCCAGCCUGCUCAGCCCUCCAGUGUCCACACCAUGCAGACUGUGAACCCCUCAGCUCGGCCAGGCCUCCAGAGAGACCCCCCCCCCAGGGUCAGUGGCAGAACUGCCUCCCCGUCCCCCACUCGCCUCGGGCCACAGCGUGACCUCCUGUGUGCACCUCUGUCCCAGACGCUCCACGCAGCCCGUCCUCGCUCAGCCUGGCGUGGCUGUGGGUGGGAAGCGGGUGGAAUAAAACUUGUCUG